GCGCCUGUUUUUCAACCCAUGCACCCCGCUUCAUCGUCUGAAAAUCAGUUUAAAUUCUCAAGUAUCAUCAUACAUUAAUUUACCGCAUAUCAUUUUUAUCUAUUCUCUAAAUUGUAUUCAUGUAGCCUAAUAGUUUUUAUUUUAUUUCGCAUAGGUAAAUUAAUCUGCCAUGCCAUUUGUUGAAUUCAUCGCUGGGUGGAUUUCAGGUGCUGUAGGUUUGGUUGUUGGUCAUCCAUUAGACACAGUUAAGGUUCGACUUCAGACUCAGUCUAUAUACAGUGGGAUAUAUGACUGUGUGCUCAAGACAUACACACAUGAAGGGUUUCAUGGAUUUUUUAAGGGUAUGGCGUUUCCCGUCUUCUCCAUCGCUGUGAGCAACGCUGUCUCUUUCGGUUCCUACAGUAAUGCUUUGGGUUAUCUCACCAAAUCACAUCACAGAACAUCUCAGCCUCCGCUCACAGCCGUCUUCUUGGCCGGGUGCUUUUCAAGUGCAAGCCAGUUGCUGGUUGCAGCUCCGAUAGAUCUGGUGAAGGUGCGUUUGCAGAAUCAGACAGAGAAGAGAUCAGGUGUACAUAUGAAAUACAGAGGUCCAAUACACUGUGUAACUGUAAUCUUAAGAGAAGACGGACUGAGAGGACUUUUCAGGGGAUUCUGGGCUCUCGCACUACGAGAUAUACCAUGUUUUGGACUUUACUUUCUCCCAUACGAGUUAACAUGCAGGAUGCUGAGUGAGAAAGGGAAGCAGCCAGGUACGUUUGCAGUAUUAAUGGGCGGUGGUGUUGCUGGUGUGGUUACAUGGUCUUGUGCUACACCCAUGGAUGUGAUGAAGGCCCGCCUGCAGAUGUCAGGAGCUGGAGGUCGGGUGUACAACGGCGUCUUGCACUGCAUUACUGUUAGUGUCCGUGAAGAGGGAAUACGAGUCUUCUUCAAAGGGCUUCUUCUCAACAGCGUGAGAGCGUUUCCCGUCAACGCCGUGACCUUCCUCUGUUUUGAGAUGAUCGUGAGAACCAUGACUGAUUGAGUUAGGACUGAGUUAACAUCUUUAGCAGGCUUGUGUUGAAAUUGUUAAGUGGACGAUCAAUACGUUUUCCACAUUCACAACCAUUUCUUGAGGCACCAAGAGUUCUGCAUGUCUUUUGUAUGACAAGCUCAGGACAUGGUCUUACUACUAAUAGUAUAUGAAGAGUUUGGUUCCAAAACGAGAUAACUCAAUUAAUAUCAAUCAAACUGCAGUUGGUUUGUUUUGAUUUAAGCCUUCAUAACUAAAAAAAUACAGCUUAAUGAAGUUUAUUGAACUAAGUUUGGGAGGAGCAUGGUCAUGUGAUCCAUCCAAUCAGCUCGAAGAGGUGCUUAUAAAUAGCAGUCCCUCACCUCUGUCCCAUGACAGUUCUUGCAGAAUCCCUCCUCCACCCCAUCACCUCACUCUCAUCUAU